UGCACAAACAGAAAUCAGGAGAAAAAAAUGGCGGACGAAGGAAAAGUGCCAACGUCGCCGGCGGCUGCAGAUGCGCAUCUUUUUGGCCUACUCUCUAAUCUCCUUCAACAGCGCAUCUUCUUCGUCUGCAAUUAUCAUGUGCUGUGGUUCAUUGAGGCGCAGGUGGAAUCACUGACCAAUCAAGAAGAAGUGGAGUUGCGGGCUAAGAUUGAAGCUCUUGGACUUGAGGUCCGAAAACUUCCUUCAGAAUCAGCUCAACAUCUUAAUGAGGUUGAGAUAGCAAAAGAGUUGGACAAAUUAUCCGCAAAGCUUGAUCAUGUUGAUGAGUUGAUAUCUUCAACAAUGGCUGAAGACCCGCAGGUCCGUGCUCUCUUAAGCACUACAGCUGAUGUCUGGAUGCCGGUUAUCACCGCAACCUCUGAUGAAAGACGUACUUUUACAUCCAUGGCUGGAGAAGAUGGUGUCGGAGGAAAAGAUCAAAACUCUGAGAAACUGUAGCUUCUGAAUAUACCAUAUGAAUUCUUUAUUAAAUGAGAACAAGAUUGAGAUAAACCUUAUAUAUCCAUUUAACUCAGGCCUAGAAGUGUAAGGAGUUGAAUAUGUGAGUGUGAUGUGUUACUGGAGAUGUGAGUUCAAAUUAUUGAAGAUGUAUAAUAAGAAGCCCCAUUUAUUCUCA